UUGAAAUUACCGUGGCCACUGGACGGGGGAAGGGAAGCUGAGAUUGGAGGGAGAAACAAUCAGAAACUGAGAUACUGUGUGCGUAUGACAGACUCUGUCCAUUCAAGAAUCCUCUCCAUGAGCCAAAUCUCUCCAGACACUUCCAGUUCUCACUUUGAAAGUUUUCUGCUGAUUCGCGUCAGGCUGAAGACGUAACGCGGCUUGAGUGAACGUGAAUGAAACUGUAUCGGUAGCUCUAGGCGCACACUGGAUUUGUCUCUGGGUGCCAAAGUGAUGAAGUGUCUUGGACGAGGAGAGCCGAGCCCUGAAAAGCAAUGUCAUUAUCCAGCCUCCGUGUACCUCUGGUGGGGUUGAGGAGGAAGGAGGCAGGUUUCCAGGAAGCUCGUGCAUUGAUGGAUAGCGUUUUCCUCCUGUCAGCUCUUGCAGACUGAUACCUGUGCAUUACCAUCAAUGCCCAUCAGUGCUCGAGGAGUAGCUAAUAAAACCGGACUGCCAUCAAAAACCGCACAGUUAUCGCUGUUAGAAGGAGAAUAUGAUGAGCACAACAUGGAUUUCUUCUGCCGUUGACGCAGUUUGGUGAAAUCAAGCUGGUGACUGUGGACAUUCGUAACUGUAUUGUGCAUGUAGAGGGAAGCAUAGUUACUUGCAGUCAGUAUAAGUGUGCGCUACAGAAACCAUGGUGGUCUUUGCAUCAACUCCUACAAAAAACAUCUCGGUGCAGGACUUCAGCAGCCCUUAGAGGCCGGGAUCAGGAACACACUUGGAAGCCGACAAGCUCACAUGCAAUGGAAGAAGACAUUGAUAUUGCAUCCCACAUUGAGGGUCUAAAUGGUUUGUCCCAUGAAUGUAAACCUUUAGAGGAGAUCACCAAUGGACACUCCAACCAUAAACCCGUCAUGAAUGGACUGGUUGUUGGUCAUAAUGUCAAAGAUCACACCAACGGUAGUGCACCUCUCAGAUCCCUGCCGAUUUCAGCAUUGAAGCAGAACGGUCUUCUGCAGUCUUUGGCAGCUGGAGGGGACCAGCCCAGACCUGCAGAAAAUGAGAAUGUGGAGUUGGAAAAGGCCAGGGAGGAAUGGGAGGCUCUGGAGAACAUCCAACCAGCUCUUUCUGAGGAUUCAAACCCGACCCCACUCAUCUCCUUCAAUGAAGCUCUGCAGUACUUUCAGACCACAGACCUUGGGGACUUACUGAAGAACAUCCAGCCAACUAUUCGCAGGACCGGUCUGGCCGCGAUCACACAUUUCCUCUUUGGUCCUCCGCGGCUACACAGGGAACUCCUGGAGGAGAGGGAUCUCGUCUUUGCCAUUGCACAGUGCCCCGUGGACAACAGCCAAACAGUUCACAUGCGUGUCCUCCAGACCAUUUACAAGAGGCUGAUAGGCAGCAGGCUGGACUGUCCUCGCUUUGGUGCACACUGGGAAAACAUCGGCUUUCAGGGUACAGACCCAGCCACUGACCUGCGUGGUACUGGCUUCCUGGGACUGAUGCAUACUCUGUACUUUGUGAUGGACCCAGAGACUCUGCCACUGGCUAGAGAUAUCUACAAGCUAUCACAACACCCUACGCAGAACUUUCCAUUCAGUGUGAUGUCAAUCAACAUGACCCGCAUCGCUCUACAAGUACUCAGAGAGGAGGCCUUGUCUAAGGAGUGCAAUCGUCGUCAGCAAGUGGUCGGUGUGUUGAAUGAGUUCUACGUUGCCACGUAUCUGCACUUGUACCAACUGUGGAAGACACAGCAGAAGACCAUUGCUGACUCUGGCUUUGUCCUAAAAGAAGUGGAGCUGUUUGCCAAAAAGAACCCCAAGCAGAUGCUGCGCCGACUAGAGGUCUUCCUGAAAGAGAGGCGGGCAGGUGGGAUCCCCCGUGGGACGUCGCCAGACCCUCAGGCCCAGCAGCCCUCUCCCAGCCUGGGGGAGCGAGGAGCCAGAGCUGGGAUUGGACAGGGAAGCAAGGGAAAGGAGAUGCACUUCACGGGAGUGUGUGAUCUACCGCCAGACAUGGAGGGAGAGGCCAGACUCAUCUAAGCUAGACUCUGUGUGAGUGUGUGUAUGUGUGCGUGCGCGUGUGCGUGUGUGUGUGAGAGUGAGUGAGUGAGAGCAAUCCUGUCUGUGAGUUUAUCUAUUACUGUAUGUGCAAGUGGCUUAUUCAGAGAUAGAAGAAGAGCCCCACCACACCCUGAUCUAGGACCUGCUAUCUGAACCUAACACUUCCACUACUUCCACUGAUGCUGGGGUGCUGCACUUUGAUCAGAUUUAACUUGUGGAUCUUUCAGAGUUAUAUUUGAUUUUUCCUAUUAAUUUAUUUUUUUUUUAAACAAAAAAAAGAAAAACAGGGGGGCAUAGAACAAUGGAAAAUAAAGAGGACAGUAACACAAGAUGUCACAAAACCAAAAGGAAGUGGAUAGUUGCACUUUUCUAUGGAUUUCGUAGCCAAAUCGAUAGCUGCCAAAUUCUUGUGGUUCAACUAUACCCGUCUAGAAGUCCAAAAUGUACACCGCCGUGUUGCAGGGAUCUCUCAGCCAGGGUAUGUAAGCAUUGCAGAGGGGGGGGGGGGGGCGGUCUAGCGUCUUGCUCCAAGAUACAGCUCCAUCACUCGCAAUGCAACUUAAUGGCAGCGUUGAUAGGUAUUUAUUACACGCUCUGAUAACGUUAUAUUGAGUAGACGGAAAAUGAACAGUUUCAAAACUCUGCUACAGAGCAAAUAAAAGCAUUUUUUUUUUUUUUAUUAUUAUUAUUGACAUGAUUCGGGAGGAGAAAAGAAAACACAGAGCUCACAAAAACGUUUAGGCAGGGAGCAGAAAUUGCUGCCACUCACUGUUAGAGAACUACACCGUUGGCUUUGGAUGCAGCUUGCUUUGAAGGUCCGAUCACUUUGCGUCCUCUGUUAGGAGUGUGAAUGAAAUAUGUGAACAAUGUACGUGAAUGACACUCAGUCCAGAUGUGUGGAAGUGUAGCCAGUUGUUAGUGUAGAACUGGGGUCUGAUAGUCUCGGUCCAGAGCCCCCACUCGGUGUGGGGGGGAUAUAUUUUAAAUAACUUUAAAAAAAAAAAAAAAAAAAAAAAGAAAUAUUUGAGUCCUUUCUUGAGGGAUAGCUGUCCCUUUAAUCCUAACUUCGCAGUUAUCUGUAAAGGCACUUGUUUUCAAAUGGAUGGUUUAUUGACCGUGAGAAGGAUUUAAAGAAUCACAACAAGACGUCGAGUUGAAGCGAAGGAGACACUUCAUAACAGAGUCUGUGUGCUUGGCUCGGUCCCAGCUGACGCCCGAGGUCUGGUAUGAGCUUUCUCUACAUUCCGUUAUAAAGCAUGUGAUUGUAAUUUUAUUUGACCAGUUAAAAGUUUAUUCCCGUGCGUGUGUGCGUGUGUGUGUGUGUUUGUUUGCAGCCUCGAGUGUGUGUGUGCGUGUGUGUGGUAAAACAAACGAGCUGAUAUUGAUGAAGGGUGCCUCUCCUCAGAGACGUAUGGUACAGUAUGCAAUCCCAGCUCUCACUCUAUGAUAAUCAAAACGCCAGUGCUGUGUGAUGAUAGAAAUCGUUCCUAACUUCUUCAGGGUUUGUGCACUUGUGCGUGUGCGUGCGUGUGUGUGUGUGUUUCAUAUGACAGGAACUGACUACAGAUGGGGUGCUUUCCUCUGCGCACAAUAUGCCAGCUUUACUAAGUACUUGAUCCAUCAAGCUGCAAAGACGGUACUUUUAUCAUUUAAAAAUGGUACAUGACAUUAUUGGGGACGAUCUUAUCCUAAAACAAACACGCCGUUUGGUUUGUUCUUUCAAGAACCAGACGUUGGCUGUGGACACAGCUGGUUUCAGCAGCUCUGUGGCCUGGGAUGGGUGGAGCUCCUCAGCAAAGCUGGUUCCUGCUUUGUGCUAAUGUGAAACCAUCUCCCAUCAUUGUAGUCUCAAUCUGUAGCAUGUUCAGGUAGCACUAGUACUGUAGCAUCCUAUAGCCUCCUCCUCCUCCUCCUCCUCCUCCACCUCUUCUUCGUAAAGCUUGUUGAUGUCAUGUCUUGGUUACAGUCUGUAGUGUCGAUGAGUGCGCAAACUGUUACUACUAUAGCACAUACAUUUCAUACUUUUAAUUCAGCCUCCUCCAGUAGAUCCUUAUUUAGGUGGCACAGUGUAUGUCUUGGAGAGACGUGGGUUAGGCUUGACACAUAAUUGAGCUCAAAAUUGUCUUCUAAGAAGGUGAUAGUAAAUUCGGUGCCUGCAUCCAGUGGGGUAAGAGUGCUGGUUCGUCCUUUUUUUUUUUCCCCUCUUUCAUUUGAGCCAUCGUGCCACAGUAGACUUCCUCCACGCGCGCGACGCGGCACACGGCGCCGGCCCCCGAAACAUGCCAGCCUAACGGAUAAACGAACACACACGCAGGGCAUGUACAUUUUCGAUGUCAGCAUCUACUCAGUGGUUCUCCGUCACCUCCGUUCUCCACCGUACAAAUUCCUAAAACGAGCUGAUGUAGUUGCCAACCGUUUGCAAGUCUUUUGAUUGGUCAGGAAAAUUUGCACUGUUGUAGAUAUUUGAUAGUGUGUGUGACGUAUGCAAGAGGAAACAGGCCAUUUUCAAUAGCCAUAUUGUGACGUUCAUUAUCGCCCGCAUCGUGAAACAGGCUCCGUGAAGUCAGAGUUCCCCCUCCACGCUCAAAAAAAAAAAACAAACAAAAAAAAAAAAACAUAUUGCACCACCGAUAUUAUCCCAUGUUUAAUUUUAGUUCACUUUAAACUGAGGAGCAGUACAGUGUAUGUAAAUCAGGAAGUUUGUAUAUAGAGAAUUAAUGAUUGUAACUGUAUGAUUGUCUGUAGGGCAUUAUACUAAAACACAUUGCUUACCUCAAGACUUGAGACAAAUCUCUCCUUUCUCUCUCCUGAUGUUUGCCUGGCCUCUCAGUCAGACUCUUUUUAUGUUUCCUUGUACCUAGGCCUUCUCUCAUUCCAAUUGGACAUGUUAAAUAAUUAUAUUCUGCACCUGAAGCACUACGUAAUAGCAAACUAACACAAAAGCUGGUCAAUGUUAUAUGUAUUCUAUUUAAAGACACAUUUAUAGACACUAUAUAGGCCCACACACGCUCUGGCACACAUCUGCAGAUUCAAAUAAAAAUCCUUUUUAAACCAAUUUAUAAUUGGCCGAUGUUUGCCAUGUUGAAAUAAGCUGGUUUUCUUGUGGCUUCAGUGAUAGUACAGUAUACUUUUGCUGUGAUUAAGUGUUUGAUGUCAGGACAACGCACUGAAGCGAUCCUGUCUUUACAGCUCCAGUCACAAACAAAUUGUUUAAUAUAUGAUUGUGAAGAUAUAGGCUUGACUAGCAGUUAUAAUACUGUGUAUGCUUUGACCUUGGUAUAUAUUAAAAGUAUCCAAACAAGGCCUGAUUUAUCCUCUCAUUUUACCAAAAGUUAUAUUUUCAGCAGUCGUAAUAAAUCAUAUUCUUAUGUGUUGAACAUCGUUUGGAGUCUCCUCAGUUGAGAAACCAGAACCAAGAGUAAAAAAAAAUAUAUAUAUAUAUAAAUAAAAGAAUAAAAAAUAAACGGGUUCUUGCAGGAUGUCGGAUGCUCUGAGAGGUGUGGUCUGAAGUUCUGCUUCCCACAGCAGCAGCUCGGCAAAUACAAUCAAUUCUCAAUAUCCUGCGCUUUAUAUGAAGGUGUUUUACUGUUGCGGUCGUCGUCAUGUCCUUCAGAGCAUUUUAUGACUGUACCUUGAUUGUAGAAGCCCUAUUUUAUACUGAGAGUUAUUUCAGAAUACAGUAUGUGCUGUUUUACAUUAAAUGUAUUGUAUGGAGAAAGCUAAAUAAAUGCUGUUUAAAAACUA